GCCGCGCUCACACCCGCGCCGCGCGUCUCCCGCGCACGGUGCCCGGCUUUCCCCGCGCGCGUGCGCGCUCCGCGCACGAACGCGCCUUCGCUCCCCCUCGCGCGUUGGGAUCUCGGCAGCGGCGGGCGGACCGCGCGGGGCAGCACCGUAGCGGCCGCUGCGGGCUGGCCGGCCGGCCAUGGAGGCGGAUGGGGCCGGCGAGCAGAUGAGACCGCUACUCACCCGGGUGCGGAGCAGGGGUCCUGAUGAAGAAGCUGUUGUGGAUCUUGGCAAAACCAGCUCAACUGUGAACACGAAGUUUGAAAAAGAAGAACUAGAAAGUCAUCGAGCUGUGUAUAUUGGUGUUCAUGUCCCAUUUAGUAAAGAGAGUCGCCGGCGUCAUAGGCAUCGUGGACACAAACAUCACCACCGGAGAAGAAAAGAUAAAGAAUCAGAUAAAGAAGAUGGACGGGAAUCUCCUUCUUAUGACACACCAUCCCAGAGAGUUCAGUUUAUCCUUGGUACUGAAGAUGAUGAUGAAGAACAUAUUCCCCAUGAUCUCUUCACGGAAAUGGAUGAAUUGUGUUAUAGAGAUGGAGAGGAAUAUGAAUGGAAAGAAACUGCCAGAUGGCUGAAAUUUGAAGAGGAUGUUGAAGAUGGUGGUGACCGAUGGAGUAAACCUUAUGUGGCAACUCUCUCUUUGCACAGUCUUUUUGAACUAAGGAGUUGCAUCCUAAAUGGAACAGUCAUGCUGGAUAUGAGAGCAAGCACUCUAGAUGAAAUAGCAGAUAUGGUAUUAGACAACAUGAUAGCCUCUGGCCAAUUAGAUGAGACCAUACGAGAGAAUGUCAGAGAAGCUCUUCUGAAGAGACAUCAUCAUCAGAACGAGAAAAGAUUCACCAGUCGGAUUCCCCUUGUCCGAUCUUUUGCAGAUAUAGGCAAGAAACAUUCUGACCCUCACUUGCUUGAAAGGAAUGGGGAAGGCCUUUCAGCCUCCCGCCACUCUUUGCGAACAGGUCUGUCUGCCUCAAACCUUUCAUUGAGAGGAGAAUCGCCUUUAUCUCUUCUUCUCAGUCAUCUUCUUCCUUCUUCAAGAGCUGGAACCCCUGCAGUCUCGAGGUGUACAACCCCAGUACCCACCCCUCAAAACAGUCCUCCUUCCAGCCCUAGCAGCAGUCGCCUCACCUCCAGAAGUUCCCAACAGAGUCAGCUUCAGGCCCCAGAACUACUGGUUUCACCUGCCAGUCAUGGUAUUCCCACAGUAGUAAUUCAUCCGCCUGAGGAAGACUUAGAAGGCCAGGAGCAGAAGAAUGAGGAAAAUGUUGACUUAACUCCAGGUAUUUUGGCCUCUCCACAGUCUGCUCCUGGAAACUUGGACAAUAAUAAAAGUGGAGAAAUUAAAGGUAAUGGAAGUGGAGGAAGCAGAGAAAAUAGUACUGUUGAUUUCAGCAAGGUUGACAUGAAUUUCAUGAGAAAAAUUCCUACGGGAGCUGAGGCAUCCAAUGUGCUGGUGGGAGAAGUAGACUUUUUGGAAAGACCUAUAAUUGCGUUUGUGAGACUGGCUCCUGCUGUCCUCCUUUCAGGGUUGACUGAAGUCCCUGUUCCUACGAGGUUUUUGUUUCUCUUAUUGGGUCCAGCCGGCAAGGCACCACAAUACCAUGAAAUUGGAAGAUCAAUAGCCACUCUCAUGACAGAUGAGAUUUUUCAUGAUGUAGCCUAUAAAGCAAAAGACAGAAAUGACCUCUUAUCUGGAAUUGAUGAAUUUUUAGAUCAAGUAACUGUCCUACCUCCAGGAGAGUGGGAUCCUUCUAUACGCAUAGAGCCACCAAAAAGUGUACCUUCUCAGGAAAAGAGGAAGAUUCCUGUGUUUCACAAUGGAUCUGCCCCCACAUUGGGUGAGACUCCUAAAGAGGCUGCUCAUCAUGCUGGGCCUGAGCUACAGAGGACCGGACGGCUUUUUGGUGGUUUGAUACUUGACAUCAAAAGGAAAGCACCUUUUUUCUUGAGUGACUUCAAGGAUGCAUUAAGCCUGCAGUGCCUGGCCUCGAUUCUUUUCCUAUACUGUGCCUGUAUGUCUCCUGUAAUCACUUUUGGAGGGCUGCUUGGAGAAGCUACAGAAGGCAGAAUAAGUGCAAUAGAGUCUCUCUUUGGAGCAUCACUAACUGGGAUUGCCUAUUCAUUGUUUGCUGGGCAACCUCUAACAAUAUUGGGGAGCACAGGCCCAGUUCUAGUGUUUGAAAAAAUUUUAUUUAAAUUCUGCAGAGAUUAUCACCUUUCCUAUCUAUCUUUAAGAACCAGCAUUGGUCUGUGGACUUCUUUCUUGUGCAUUGUUUUGGUUGCAACUGAUGCAAGCAGCCUUGUAUGUUAUAUUACUCGAUUUACAGAGGAGGCUUUUGCAGCUCUCAUUUGUAUCAUAUUCAUCUACGAAGCUUUGGAGAAGCUCUUUCAUUUAGGAGAAAUAUAUGCAUUUAAUAUGAACAACAACUUAGAUGAACUGACCAGCUAUUCAUGUUUAUGUAUUGAACCUCCUAACCCUAACAAUGAAACUGUAGAGCUAUGGGAGAAGCAGAAUAUAACAGCACAUGAUAUUUCCUGGGGAAAUCUCACUGUUUCUGAAUGUAAAGCCUUUCAUGGUGUAUUUGUAGGAUCAGCUUGUAGUCUUCAUGGACCUUAUAUUCCAGAUGUGCUCUUUUGGUGUGUCAUCUUAUUUUUCACAACAUUUUUUCUGUCUUCAUUCCUUAAGCAAUUUAAGACCAAGCGUUAUUUUCCUACCAAGGUGCGAUCGACAAUCAGUGACUUUGCUGUAUUUUUCACAAUAGUAAUAAUGGUUGUAAUUGACUACCUUGUGGGAGUUCCAUCUCCUAAACUUCAUGUUCCUGAAAAAUUUGAGCCUACUGAUCCAAAUAGGGGUUGGAUCAUAAGCCCAUUGGGAGAUAAUCCUUGGUGGACCUUAUUAAUUGCUGCUAUUCCAGCUCUACUUUGUACCAUUCUCAUCUUCAUGGAUCAACAAAUUACAGCUGUAAUUAUAAACAGAAAGGAACACAAAUUGAAGAAAGGAGCUGGCUAUCAUCUUGAUUUGCUCAUGGUUGGUGUAAUGUUGGGAGUUUGCUCUGUCAUGGGACUUCCAUGGUUUGUGGCUGCAACAGUGUUGUCAAUAAGUCAUGUCAACAGCUUAAAAGUUGAAUCUGAAUGUUCUGCUCCAGGGGAACAACCCAAGUUUUUGGGAAUUCGUGAACAGCGGGUUACAGGGCUAAUGAUUUUUAUUCUAAUGGGCCUCUCUGUGUUCAUGACUUCAGUACUAAAGUUUAUUCCAAUGCCAGUUCUGUAUGGUGUUUUCCUUUAUAUGGGAGUUUCCUCAUUAAAAGGAAUUCAGUUUUUUGACCGUAUAAAAUUAUUUGGAAUGCCUGCUAAGCAUCAGCCUGAUCUGAUAUACCUCCGUUAUGUGCCUCUCUGGAAGGUCCAUAUUUUCACAGUCAUUCAGCUUACUUGUUUGGUUCUUUUGUGGGUGAUAAAAGCUUCAGCUGCUGCAGUAGUUUUUCCAAUGAUGGUUCUUGCAUUAGUCUUUGUACGCAAGCUCAUGGACCUAUGUUUUACAAAGAGAGAACUUAGUUGGCUUGAUGAUCUCAUGCCAGAAAGUAAGAAAAAGAAGGAAGAUGACAAAAAGAAAAAAGAGAAAGAGGAAGCGGAACGAAUGCUUCAAGAUGAUGAUACUGUGCACCUUCCAUUUGAAGGGGGAAGUCUCUUGCAAAUUCCAGUUAAGGCCCUAAAAUAUAGUGUUGAUCCCUCAGUUGUUAACAUAUCAGAUGAAAUGGCCAAAACCGCACAGUGGAAGGCACUUUCCAUGAAUACUGAGAAUGCCAAAGUAACCAGAUCUAACAUGAGCCCUGAAAAACCUAUGAGUGUGAAAAUAGAUAUUGAAGAUGAACCAGCAAAGAAAUACAUGGAUGCUGAAACUUCAUUAUAGGAUCAAACCAAGAGGAAUUAUAUGUAGAGAUAUAUAUAUAUAUAAAAGUGUGUGUGUCAUGUCACUAUAUAUAUGUCAUGCUAUUUGUGCAUGACUACUAGGUUUUUUUAAAAAUAGUAUCUAAAGUUUGUUAUGAGCACCAUGGAGACUGUAUAUAAUCAAAUGGUCUCUUAGAAGUGAGGUACAUGGUUCUUACUAUUCAAAUAUUUAUUCUGUUAGAAAAAACUUUUCCUGUACUGCAGUAGAAACGUGGGGAAUGCAUUCAAUCUACUUUUCUUAAAUCUCUGUUCAUUAAUGGCAGUUCAUACCAACCUUAAGUGAUAUGUACUUUAUCCAUAUAUUUACAAUUUUUACUGGAGUUGCUAAAAAUUUUCACAUAGUAUUUCACUUUUGUUAGUGCUUUAAGGGAAGAACAGGGAGUCCUUAUGCCAGUGCUGUGGAGACUAUGGUAACAUGUCACGGCUUCACUGAGUGUGUGUUUCAUUUAUGUAGAUGUCCAUCAUGUUUCACAAAUGGUGCCAUUUUCUUGGCCACAGAGGUGAAUGUAGAACAAUGGAAACUUCCUAGAUAAGAGCUAUAGUUUUUAACCUUUAUGUUUUAGAAAAUGUUUUAAAUCUUAAAACCUUCAGAUGUCAUUUUCCAUUCUGACAGACAAGUAAAAUUGCAGGUGAUUUCAUAACUUAGCACCCAUCCUAGUCAAAACUAUGAAUUUUAGAAGCUAUACAAUACCAGUUUGCAAUGGUUAAAUUUUGUUGUCUUUGUAGAAAUUUUUUUCUGAAUCCUUACGGUUUUUUAGAGUCCAUAAGUCCUGUUCUCUGCCUUU